AUGAAAGCAUGGCAGUACGACGGCGUCGCGGGCGGUCUGGAGAAAAACCUCAGAAUCAACGACACAGCCACGCAGCCCACAAUCGGCGACGAUGAGAUCCUCGUCGAAGUGCACGCAAUGGCUCUCAACCCGGUCGACUACAAGGCUGUCGAGGCCGGCAUCCCCAUGAUGCUCCUCGGCUCGCAGCGCAUUCCUGGUGCGGAUUUUUGCGGCAAAGUCGCCAAAACGGGGAUCAAGGUCGACUCGUUCCAGAUCGGAGAGUGGGUGUUUGGUGCAAAGGUUGGCGCCAUAUCGAACGGGUCGCUCGCACAGUACAUCUCCGUUUCGCAGGACAGUCUGACGAGCCUGCCAAGCGGCGUGCAGACCGACGAUGCUGCGGCUGUGCCAAUCGUGGGCCUGACAGAGAUGCAGGCUAUCAAACCACACGUCAAGGCCGGCGACAAGGUCUUCAUCAACGGCGGCUCAGGUGGCACUGGCGUCUAUGGCAUCCAGAUCGCAAAGGCCCUGGGAUGCCACGUGACGACAACCUGCUCUACGGGCAACGUCAAGCUUUGCGAGAGCCUCGGCGCCGACGAAGUCCUCGACUACAAGACCACCGACAUCGUGGGCGCUCUUGCCGCUAAAGGGCCGGUCUUCCAGCUUGCCGUGGACAAUGUUGGCACGCCUGCCGACCUGUACAAGCGGUCAGCCUCCUACCUUCUUCCCAACGGCAAAUUCGUCCAAGUCGGUGCGACUCCCAACCUCGGGACGUUCGCCCAGAUCACCAGCAACUUCCUCGUACCCGGAUUCUUGGGCGGCGGGCAGAGGUCGUACCAGUUGCUGAUGACCAAGGCGUCGACCGACGAUCUGAGACAGCUGGGUGUGUGGAUGAAGGACGGAAAGGUCAGAGCUGUGCUGGACGAGGUGUUCGAGUGGGAGGAUGUACCAAGAGCGUUCGAGAAGCUCAAGACCGGACGGACAAAGGGCAAGCUUGUCGUACAUGUGAAGCAGGACUCCAAGAAGGGUGUUGCAUCGUGA